CUCGGUUCUUCCAUUUCUCUCUCGCCAUGCGCCUCCUCCAGCUCGCCCUUGUUGCGCUCGUUUCCUCCCUGCACACACCCUCAUCCUCCGCCGACACAGACACACUCUCACACGGCCGCGUGCUCGUCCACGACGAGAGGCUUGUCUCUAGCAAUGGCAAGUUCGCGCUCGGCUUCUUUCAAACGGGCAAAAAGUCCUCCAGCAACACUCUCAACUCGUACCUCGGAAUAUGGUUCAACAAAGUCCCCAAGCUAACGCCGGUGUGGACCGCUAAUGGGGAUAACCCAAGUGCCGGCCCUACUUCACCGGAGUUCAUGAUCUCCAGUGAUGGCAACCUGAUCAUCUUGGCUCAACGUACCAUCAUUUGGACUGCCCAGGCCAACGUCACAACCAACGACACUGUUGCUGUACUGGCGGACAGUGGAAACCUUAUUCUGAGGAGUUCCUCGAACUCUUCUGACAUAUUCUGGCAGAGCUUUGACUACCCAACGGACACACUUCUUUCAGGUGCAAAGAUUGGUCGAAACAUGGUCACGGGUUUCAGCCACCGUUAUGUUUCUAGAAAGAAUGUUAUUGACCAAGCUCCAGGUGUGUACUCUGCAGAGCUACGUGUCGAUGAUGCAAUCUACCUACUUUGGAAAUCAUCUGAAGCAUAUUGGUCUAGUGGGGUGUGGAACGGCAGAUUCUUCAACUUGAUACCAGAGAUGUCAGGUCAGUCAGGUCCCAACAUGUGCAAUUUUACGUUCGUCAGCAACAAACAAGAGGUUUAUUUCUCCUACACAUUGUUAAAUGAGGAGAUGAUCUUUAGAAGUUUUCUAGAUGUCUCUGGCCAAAUGCAAACUCGCAUAUGGUCAGAUGUCGCACAGGAUUGGAUCACCGCCGGCGCCGGACCGAAAUAUCAAUGUAGUGUCUAUGCUACCUGUGGACCUUUCACAAUCUGCACUGAUAAUGCAAUACCAUUAUGCAAAUGCUUGAAGGGGUUCUCUAUAAGAUCGCCUGAAGAUUGGGAGCUAAAGGACAGGACAGGCGGGUGCAUCAGAAACACUCCACUGAAUUGUGGCGGUCACAAAAACAAAUCUGGUAUGACAGACAAAUUCUACUUUAUACAAGGCGUUAGUUUGCCUCCUAAUGCCAACGGUAUCCAAAAUGCAUCAAGUGCAAAUGAAUGUGCACAAGUUUGUCUGGGCACGUGCUCUUGCACUGCAUAUACAUACGGCCAAGGUGGCUGCUAUUUUUGGCAUGAUGAGCUGAUAAACAUAGCUGCUGAUGAUAAUGGAGAAACUAUUUACCUUCGCCUUGCUGCAAAAGAGUUCCAGAGUUGGAAAUACAGUAAAAGGGCAACGAUCAUCGGUGUCACCAUUGGUUCAAGCACUGCCGUUUUGGGUUUAAUUUUUCUAACGGUUAUUUGGAGCAGGUUAAGGCGUAAAUGGUCAAGCCUCACGGUGGAUAAUUAUCAGGCCGGAAUCAGGAUCACUGCAUUCAGCUACAUUGACCUUCAACGUGCAACCAAAAAAUUUUCAGAGAAGUUGGGUGGAGGGAGCUUUGGUUCUGUAUUUAUGGGGUGCUUAAGUGACUCAGUUAUUGUAGCUGUGAAAAGGCUCGAGGGUGCCCGACAAGGAGAUAAGCAAUUUAGGGCAGAAGUGAGUUCAAUUGGAAUCAUCCACCAUAGAAAUUUAGUGAAACUGAUUGGAUUUUGCUGCGAAGCUGAUAAGAGGUUACUUGUGUAUGAACACAUGCCAAACGGCUCCCUGGAUUCUCAUCUAUUCCAAAGUCAUGGUUCAAUUUUGGAUUGGGCCAUUAGAUAUCAAAUAGCUCUUGGAGUCGCUAGAGGGCUUGGAUACUUGCACCAUGGUUGUCAAGAUUGCAUUAUACAUUGUGAUAUCAAACCACAAAACAUACUUCUCGACGCAUCUUUUGUUCCAAAAAUUGCAGAUUUUGGUAUGGCAAAGUUUCUAGGGAGGGACUUCAGCCGUGUUGUGACUACAAUGCGAGGAACUAUUGGAUAUCUUGCUCCAGAAUGGAUUAGUGGAACAGCUAUUACUUCCAAAGUUGAUGUUUAUAGUUACGGAAUGGUUUUGCUAGAGAUCAUAUCAGGAAAGAUGAACUCUUCUGAACAUUCAUCCAGUGAUGACAGUGCAGACUACUAUCCUGUUCAAGUUGCACACAAGCUUCUUCAUGGAGACGUUUUGAGUCUUGUGGAUGCAAACUUGCACGGUGAUGUGAACAAGGAGGAAGUCGAGAGGGUUUGCAAAGUUGCAUGUUGGUGUAUUCAAGAUAGUGAGUUUGAUCGACCCACAAUGGUUGAGGUGGUGCAGUUUCUCGAGGGGAUAUGUGAACCAGAAAUGCCUCCAGUGCCAAGGUUACUCCAUGCGAUUGCAGGCGGCUCACAUUCGACCGGACUAUGAUCUGUAGCUUUGCAGCAAAUUUAGAUAUCCAUGAGAGAUAUGGGAUACUGCUUAUAGUGUAUAUAUAAAUUAGCAAGAUGGUCCGUGCUAAUAGCGCCAGUAGCUAGUCUUUUUUUAAAAAAAAUCUUUUUGGUUUAUUUACGUUAAAAGAAGAAAUGUAUUUGGUAUUUCAUUCGCUUCUAG